CAUAAGCCACUGGUGUGGGGUUGGCUUCUCGACACCACUCGCGAUUUCACGCUUCCCAAGUCCGGACUGACUGAAGCUCCUGCGAACCAACUGACGAUGGCUUGGGACGGAGGAUUCGAGCCUAAUGGCACAGAGGGCAAAAACUUCUACAUCCCCAUGUCCAACAGGACCGGGAUUGUUAGAAGUCCCUUUGAAUACCCGCAGUACUACUUGGCGGAUCCCAUAAUGUAUAAGCUUCUGGCUUGUUACAUGUUCUUCCUGAUCUGCACUGGAACCCCCAUCAACGGUCUGACACUGUUGGUGACGGCUCAGAACAAGAAGCUCCGGCAACCUCUCAACUUCAUCCUGGUCAAUUUGGCUGUGGCUGGUCUGAUCAUGUGCUUUUUCGGCUUCACCAUUACCAUCACUUCUGCUGUCAAUGGCUACUUCAUCAUGGGAGCUACGUCCUGUGCAGUGGAGGGAUUCAUGGCCACGCUGGGAGGUGAAGUUGCGCUGUGGUCUCUGGUGGUGCUGGCUGUUGAGAGAUACAUCGUCGUCUGCAAACCUAUGGGAAGCUUCAAGUUCACCGGGACACACGCCGGAGCCGGAGUCCUCUUCACCUGGAUCAUGGCUUUAGCAUGUGCCGCACCCCCACUCUUUGGCUGGUCCAGGUACCUCCCUGAGGGCAUGCAGUGCUCCUGCGGGCCUGACUACUACACUCUGGCUCCAGGCUUCAACAACGAAUCCUAUGUCAUAUACAUGUUUGUCGUCCACUUCUUCACUCCUGUCUUCCUGAUUUUCUUCACCUACGGCAGCCUUGUGCUGACAGUCAAAGCUGCUGCAGCCCAGCAGCAGGAGUCAGCCUCCACUCAGAAAGCUGAAAAGGAAGUGACACGUAUGUGCGUGCUGAUGGUCUUAGGCUUCCUGGUGGCUUGGGUGCCAUAUGCUACCUUUGCCGGAUGGAUCUUCAUGAACAAGGGAGCUUACUUCUCAGCGAUGACCGCUGCUAUCCCUGCCUUCUUUGCAAAGAGCUCCGCCCUGUAUAACCCAAUCAUUUAUGUGCUGAUGAACAAACAGUUCCGUAACUGCAUGCUGAGCACCAUUGGAAUGGGUGGCAUGGUGGAGGAUGAGUCCUCGGUUUCCGCCAGCAAGACAGAAGUGUCUUCUGUGUCUUAAAUGUGACGACACCUCAGAGUCUAUGGACGUUUUCCUUACCGAUUGCAUCCAGAUUUUUAAACCAUCCCACGAAAAAAACAUUGUGAACUUUUGCCAAAUGGAAUUAUGGAUAAUGAAAGGACUCUGGACAAAACACUCUAAGGAAUAUCAACUCACCUGUUAAUAUGCAUAAACAAGACAAAAGUGGAAAGAGAUACCAGAGUAAUGGCAUCCACGUGUGUGCGUCAGCGUGUGUGUGUGAAUGAACCAGGACUCACCGUUCAGCGUUUGAUGCCACUCGCAAAGCGCUCGACUCGCAACUUGGAACCCGCUGCGGCGUAAACAACACAAUGCGUGCAAUGUGCAAUCACACGUGGGGGUAUAUUUUCAUGUAAUUAUGUCAUGUUUCACUUGUUUUUAUGUAUUUCAUAAAAAUGAACAAAAAAUAUAGGAAGGAGUGUAGAUAAUAAAUGCAUGCAUGAAAAGA